AUGGAUUCAACUUACAAAACAAAUAAAUAUCAGUUGCCAUUGUUAGAGAUUGUUGGUAUGACAUCUACUGGGUUAACUUACUCAGUCGCAUUUGCAUUCUUAUCAAGUGAGCGUCAAAAUAAUUUCACUUGGGAUCUUCAAAAGCUUAGAGGUUUAUUUUUGAACACUGAUACCGGUCCACAAGUCAUUGUCAGCGAUAGAGACUUGUCUUUGAUGAAUUCCAUCGGCAAUGUCUUUCCUUUGUCAUAUCAAUUGUUAUGUCGCUUCCAUAUUUCAAAAAAUGUACUAGCGAAGUGCAAAAUGUUACUUGAUUGUAAGGAAGCAUGGGAUGUCAUAAUGAAAGAAUGGGAGAACGUCAUGGAUUGUGAAGAUGAAUCUAUGUUUGGGGACUGUGUGAAUCACUUUGAAUACACCUGUCAUUCAUGCCCUUUAUUAUUUGAAUAUGUGAAUAAUACUUGGAUUAUUCCAUACAAUACUUACUUUGUGAAGGCAUGGACAAACAAAGUUAUGCAUUUAGGGAAUACAACAACGAACAGGGUUGAGUCUGCUCAUUGGAACUUAAAGAAAGUAUUGGGAAACAAUAUGGGAGAUCUUUGUUCUUGUUGGGAUGCCAUUCAUAAUGUAAUUGUGUUGCAACAUAAUAAGAUCAAAGCGUCGUUCGAAAUUAGUCUGAAUCUUAUGAGUGAAGCUUAUAAAGGCAUAAAAUACAAAAAACUUGUUGGACGAGUAUCCAGAUAUGCUUUAGGACUAAUAGCUAAAGAAUUAGAACGAGUGAAUCUUGUAGGUCUCGAUACGGGAAGAUGUGGAUGCAUACUUAGACGGACGUACGAUGUCCCCUGUGCCUGUGAAUUAGCACGUUAUGGCCCUGGUAUGAUUCCUUUGGGUGAAUUUCAUGUGAUGUGGACAAGAUUGUCUAUUUCAGAUAUUGUAUCGAAUGAAUCACAACCAGAGUUAUCCAAACAACAUGAGCUGACUAUGGUUGAAGAAAAAUUUAAGGAGGUUGAGAUUGGAGGUAAAGUGACAAUUAAACAAAAGUUACUUGACAUUGUUUGUCCUGCAAUGACAUCUAUGAUACCUCUAUUGCAUAAAGUUAAGACGAAGGGUGCACAAAAGAAAAAACUUCAGAGAACAGAGAGGUCUACAAAGCGUGAUCCCUCAUAUUUUGAGCAUGUAGACACAUUUCAGUCAACAAUUGAAUCUUCGUCUGCAAAAAACAAAUUUCAACUGAAGGAUAAACCUAGGCAACGAAGGAGAAUACCUAUGAUAAACCAAUUUCAUCCUAUUUGUCAACCAUACAUUCUCAAUAUUGUUGAUGUCGUUGCUAAUGGUCACUGUGGUUAUAGAUGCAUUGCUACGUCAUUAGGGCUCGGGGAAGAUUCUUCGCCCAUUAUACGAAAUGAUCUUUAUAAAGAACUGAGUCAGUGGCGUGAUGAAUAUGCGACACUAGUGGGAGGCUAUGAUAGACUAGAACAACUCAGGAGGUCUUUGAUGGGGGACCCACAGUCAGCGGCUAAUGCAACCAAGUGGAUGACUAUACCAGACAUUGGGUAUGCAAUUGUUAAUCGCUAUAACGUCAUCCUAGUUCAACUACAAGAUGGUUGUCCUUUACCUAUGACAGGUUCAACUACUUAG